AUGUCUUACUCAGGAUACCCUCCGUACGGCCAACCCCCUCCGCAACAAGGGGGUUACUACCAGCAACCACCGCCCGGCCAGCAAUACGGCGCUCCUCCUCCUCAAGGCCAGUACUAUCAACAGCCCCCUCCCCAGGGCUACGGACAGCCUCCCCCGCCUCAACCAUACGGUGCCCCCUCGCCCCAGCCAUAUGGCGCGCCAUCACCACAACCAUACGGCGCUCCCCCACCCGCCCAGCCAUACGGUGCUCCUCCACCUGCCCAACCGUACGGCGCUCCUCCCCCGGGCCAACCGUACGGCGCUCCUCCUCCGCAACCGUACGGCGCGCCCUCCCCGGCUCACCAAUACCCUGCUCAAGGUGCUUACGGCGCUCCUCCUCCCCAGCAAGGAUACGGUCAACCCCCACCACCUCAAGGCGCUUACGGUCAACCUCCUGCCCAGUACACACAGUACGGCCACCAAUAUCCCCCGACACCUGCCUCGCCAGGCUAUGGCCCCCCUCAAAUCAUCGCUUGGAGCCCCGAUGCCGACGCUCAGGGCUUGCGGGCCGCCAUGAAGGGCUUUGGCACAGAUGAAAGAGCUCUAAUCCGCAUCCUCGCCAACAAGGAUCCCCACCAGAUCCGCACCCUCCGCGACGCCUACAGCCGAAUCCACCGUCGCGAUCUCGAAAAGGACAUCAAGAGUGAAGUUUCCGGUUGGUUCGAGACGGGCCUCAUCUCCAUCGUCCGCGGCCCUCUCCUUCACGAUGUCCACCUUUUGCGCGAUGCCAUGGCUGGUAUUGGCACAAAGGAGGCGGUUCUGAACGAUGUCUUGCUUGGCAGGUCAAACGCCGAUAUGAACGCCAUCAAGAGUGAAUAUCACCGCGUGUUUAGAAGGCGUCUUGAGGAUGAUGUCAAGGGUGAUUUGAGCAUGAAGACGGAGAGGCAUUUCAUGAUUGUGCUGGGGGCGACGAGGGCGGAGGACUCGGCGCCGGUGGUGAAGAUGGAGAUUGAUAGGGAUGUGAAUGAUCUUUAUAAUGCGACCGAGGGCAAGGUCGGGACGGAUGAGAUGAAGGUGUGCAGUAUUUUGAGCACGAGGAACGACAACCAGAUUCGGGCUAUUGCGUAUGAGUACCAGCAGAAGUAUGCUAGGAGUUUGGAGGAUGUUAUUCGCAGGGUAAGUUUUGCCAUACCAUAUGUUCUUGUUUUUUUUUUUUUUUUUUUUGGUUGUUUACUGACGUCAAUAUUGCAGGAAUUCUCUGGACACAUGGAAGAUGCUCUUCUUUUCCAGCUUCGGCAGGGACUCGACAAGUACAUGCAUCAUGCUGCGCUCCUUGAGGAUGCUAUGGCUGGCGCUGGGACCAAGGACCACCUUUUGACCAGCCGCAUUAUCAGAUAUCACUGGGACCGCACUCACAUGCAGAACGUGCGCGGUGCCUACGAGAAGAGAUAUCACAGAAGUCUCGUUAGCAGAGUCAGGGGUGAAACCAGUGGUGAUUAUGAGAGGCUGUUGCUCGCCUGUCUUGGCGAGGCUGUUUAA